GGGUUGAUAGGGCUAACUGCUCUUCACCGGGCCGCUCUGAUAACAGCUGCGUUAGACCAGCCAGGGGUCCACUUUGCAUUUCUCGUCCACUAAUACAGCAGGCUGGGAACAAAUACAGGCUCUCUGCCGCCAUGUCCAAAGAGGAAACCGCAGAAUCUUGUAAAUCAUUCUUGGUGGGGACCAAGAAAGACCUCAUCGAGGCCAAACGCACUAGUUUUACUGUGGACGACAGGAAUCUGGCCAUCUUUUACCACCAGGGAGUCUUCUACGCUUUGGACCAGCAGUGCUAUCAUGCUGGUGGAUCUUUGUUAAAUGGGGAUAUUGAGGAAAUUGACAAGAGGCUUUGCAUCGUGUGUCCGAAGCACAAGUACAAGAUCACCCUGGCAGAGGGCGAGGGGCUUUACAAUGCCUCGAAUCCAAAGGACAAAGACCAGCCACCUUGCUGGAAGUCCAAAGGCAUAAAGCAAAGAAUACACAAGGUGACUGAAGUGGACGGGAAGAUUUACGUGACACUGUCCGACAUCUCCAAGUUCAUCGAGUCAGACUUUUAUCAGACAGAGCAAGGCAGAGCGCAGAUAAAGAAAGGGAAGGAUUCAGGCGUAGAUGAAUCAGUGAGCAGCUAAUUGUCAGGCGUGACUAAUGAGAAAAGCUUUCUGAAUGUAUGAGGACAGAAUCUGGCAAAAAUACUCACUGACAGCCUGAUGAUGCAGCACGCUGUUAAUCCACUGUGAGAUUGAUUAUUCUUCUGUCACAGCAUGCCCUAAAGUGCUUUACUCCUCUUAUACCUCAGCAAUUUGCCAAUACUAUCAUUUUUAUUUAUUAAAGAAUGACACUUUUGCAAUCUGUGUAUGGUUAUAUUUAACAUUGUGCAACAUUUGUAAAAUAAACAGUCUUUCUCUUA